GAAAGAAGAGGGCUAGAGCUCAGCUAAACACAAAGCAGAACAGCAGUAAUGGCCUCCUCCAUGUUCUCAUCGGCUGCCGCAGUUGCCACCGCCGCCUCCCCGGCACAAGCCAGCAUGGUCGCACCAUUCACUGGCCUCAAGUCUGGUGCAGCUUUCCCCGUCACCAGAAAGACCAAUGCUGACAUUACCUCACUCCCAAGCAAUGGCGGAAGAGUGCAAUGCAUGAAGGUGUGGCCUACAACUGGCUUGAAGAAGUUCGAGACUCUCUCCUACCUUCCACCACUUACUGCUGCGUCCUUGGCCAAGGAAGUUGAUUACCUUCUCAAGAACAAAUGGGUUCCCUGCUUGGAAUUCGAGUUGGAGAAAGGAUUCGUAACCCGUGAGAACCACAAGUCACCUGGAUACUACGACGGCCGGUACUGGACCAUGUGGAAGUUGCCCAUGUUUGGAUGCACAGACUCCGCACAAGUGUUGAAGGAGCUGGACGAGGCCAUCCAGACUUACCCAAAUGCUUUCAUCCGCAUCAUCGGAUUCGACAAUGUCCGUCAAGUUCAGUGCAUCAGUUUCAUCGCUUACAAGCCAAAGGGCUACUAAUUCAUUCGUAUUAGUCCAUACGUUUUCGUCCACCCCUUUGCUUCGAUCUGUCAAAUCUAAUGUAAUGCAAUGUAAUGUACCCAUGUAGCUAGCUGAUUAAGCUGUUGCUGGGUCCGUUUGUGGUUCCCUUUUUCAUUUGAAUUGUAUUUGUUUUUAACUAGGCUGCCUGUGCAACGCCGUUCCUUCUCUGUCCUUUUUCGAGACAAUCUUUGUUUGUUUUCGAAUUUGGUUUCUGUUUCUCGGAUUCAGAAUGGAGUGGUUGUUGAGAAGUACUGAAUAAAACA